GCAAGCAUACACAUAUACACCUACCAUUAGCAUAGUAGAUUACUUCAACUUUGCCAUAUUUAAAAGCUUGGCACCACAACCAUGUCUUCCAUUAACUCCGAUGACUUGCACCGGAUUUUCGAGAAGUUUGACAGAAAUGGUGAUGGCCUUGUGAGCUUAGAUGAGCUUAAAUGUCUUCUUGAGAAAAUUGGUGUCCACCCCAGCAGCCUAGACGAGCUCGAGUCAUUGGUGGGCAAAAAGAGCCUUGACAUUAUUGAUUUCAUGUUCUUCUAUGAAACUAUCAUGGAGAAGAACAUGGAAACAGGCAAGGAGGAGGAUAUCAACAACUUGGACAGUGAUCUUGUUGAGGCUUUCAGGGUAUAUGAUUUGGAUGGAGAUGGGUUCAUUUCUUGCGAUGAGCUUCAGAGCGUGUUGGCGAGAUUAGAAUUGUGGGACGAGCAUUGUGGGAGGGAUUGUAAGAGUAUGAUCAACUUUUAUGAUGCAAACUCUGAUGGGGUGUUGGAUUUUGAAGAGUUCAAGAACAUGAUGCAGAUUACCAAUCCUUAAGAUUUCUCUUUUGUACAAACAAUUACUAUCUGGGAUUAAAUUUUUUACAACCUAGCAGGUAAACAAUUAUAGGCAGUUAAUCAAAAUUGAGUGGUUAUACAAAUAUAUAAAAUGAAUUUGUGUAGCUCUUCAAUUUUAAUUGGUUGUCCAUAAAUAAUUUAUUUACAAGCUUCCUGUAAAGAAGCUAUUCUCUUAUUAUUUCAGUAUUAGGAUUUAGGAUUGUGAUGUUCAUCAAGACUUUUAUGUUGUGAGGAGUCUUAUACACUUAAAUAUGACUGUUUUUUGUAAUUAUUUAUAGGAUUAAUAGUAUUUUUGGUCCCUAAAGUAUAUAUUUUUU